AUGGAAAAGUACCUGCGCUCCUGGCGGCAGGACGCCUUGAAUCGCGGCCAGCAUGAUUCGGCCAUCUAUAUUGGCGACAAAGUCCUGGCACUUAGUAACAGUGACUCGGAUGCCUUUUGGCUGGCACAGGUACAUUUCUCCAACAACAACUUCACGCGCGCCCUAGCUCUACUCUCCCGCAAAGAUCUCGUUUCGCGAAGCACCGCCUGUCGCUACCUCGCUGCCCACUGCUACAUAAAACAAAACCAGUUUGACCAAGCCCUAACCAUCCUCGGCGAACACAAUCCCACCGACCUGAUCCGCAGCAACAACAGCCGCCGUAAGAUCCAGCACCUCAACGGCCAGACCCAUGUGACCCUCCGCAAUGGAAAAACACCGACGUCACGCGACCGAGCCGAAGAGAAGGAAGAGGCGAAUAACGUCCGAUUUGAGGCAGCCAUGUGCUAUCUGCGGGGUCUCUGCUUUGCCAAACAGAAUGCGUUUGAUCGCGCUCGCGACUGCUACAAGGACGCUGUGCGCAUUGAUGUACAGUGCUUUGAAGCGUUUGACCAGCUUAUGAAGAACUCUCUCAUGUCACCCACAGAGGAGCUCGAGUUCUUGGAAUCGCUGGACUUUGACUCGGUUUCCUCGCCUGACCCGUCGAUAGCCCAAGAAGCCGCCCACUUGACUAAAAUGCUCUACACUACCCGCUUAUCGAAAUACUCCUCCCCCAGUAUUUUGUCCGAUGCAACAGAAACUCUUUCGACCCAUUACAAUCUUGCACAGAACCCGGACAUUCUCCUGUCGCGCGCUGAAGCCUUGUACACUCAAUGUCGUUUCGCAGAAGCAUUGGAGUUGACCUCUUCCAUCUUAUCGACCUCGCCGUCAACCGAUCUCACCACCACCAGUCCCAGCAUACCCGCCCACAAUCACCUCGGCCAUGCUCCGGGUGUCUAUCCCCUGCAUCUCGCGUGUCUAUAUGAAACUGGAGCCACCAAUUCACUGUUUCUGCUGGCUCACAUGCUCGCCGACCAUGCCCCAGAAGAACCAUACACGUACUUGGCGAUUGGUGUCUACUAUCUGUCGGUAUCGAAGAUUGCCGAGGCUCGCCGCUUCUUCUCCAAGGCCUCCUUGCUCGACCCCCAUUCAGCGCCGGCAUGGAUUGGUUUUGCUCACACCUUUGCCGCCGAGGGCGAGCAUGACCAGGCUAUUGCUGCUUACAGUACCGCUGCUCGGCUGUUUCAGGGUAGUCACCUCCCACAACUUUUCCUGGGGAUGCAGCAUCUUGCCCUGAACAAUAUGUCCUUGGCUCACGAGUAUCUGAACGCGGCGUAUACGAUGUCAACAGGGUCUGCGCCUGGCUCUGUUCCUUCACUUCCGGCUAACUCCUCGUCGGGGAUGCCACCUCAGGGUGGUGACCCAUUGGUUCUCAAUGAACUUGGAGUUGUUUUCUACCACCAAAACCACCUGACCGCGGCCGUCGAAUUAUUCAGACAGGCCCUUACAUUGGCCGCUUCGCUGCGUUGCGAACCAAGCGCCUGGAUUGCGACACGUGCCAAUCUAGGCCAUGCGCUCCGGCGGAUGGGUCGUUUGCCUGAAUCCCUCCGCGAAUUCGACGAGUGUCUUCGUGUGGGGGCCGGAGGCAACAGUCUCGGAUUCUCGCCAUUCCUCGGCGGCGGUGCUGGUGGCUCUGCGACGGUCCCCACGGCCUCCGGUGUCGGCGGCUAUGAUGACCGGGGGCUUGUUGGGUCUCUCCACACCUCUCGUGGACUUGUAUUACUGGAGUUGGGUCGCACCACUGAUGCCGUGACCGCCCUACACGAAGCGGUCCGUGUGCUCGGAGCUAGUGGUGGCGGUGACGCAGCAGGAGGCGCCGGAGCGGCAGGCACGCUGUUGUCCCGGGCUCUAGAGAUCUGGGCUCUAGAGGGCCGUGAGCGAGAUCACCAGGGAUUUGACGGGGGCAUCCGCUCAUCCAACAGCCGCAGCUCCACCCGCUCCCACGAUCUCAAAGGCAAAGAUCGACUGGCAGAUGACACUUCGCGACGAAGAGCCGUCCGCCAUGAACCAUAUCAGGAGGAAUGGACGGACGAGGUCGCUCACGUUGCAACCCCCGAUACGGCGGAGACGGAGACUCUCGGAGAACGCGUGGAGAUGGAGCUCGAUGAAGAGGCCGAUGGACUGCUCCGACGUGCCCUGGGAAGGGUCCGCCCUGGUCGUUCUCGUCGCCCGGCAUUACCGACUACUCCGGAGAUGAAUGCCAGCGAGAGCCCGGCAACGGGUCGCAGUCGCGGUAUGAGGUCUGGUCGGAAUCAGUCUCGCCAGUGA